GCCCCCGCUGCAUCCAACGUGGGUCGCGGCUGGCAAGCGCGAGUGGCUUCACAUUAACGGCUGUUCGCAAAUGGUCAGCAGGGAAAAUUAGUGCGGAGCAACUCUGUGAGGCUACGGCGGGGGAGUUCCCGCUGAACUCGGCUUUCUUUCGAAGUAGGGGAGCGAGCGAGUUACCUACCCUCACUCAGCCGAUCGGUGUGUGGGCUGGAGCUCUUAGGUUGUGUUCGUGGAGCGGCGGUCACUCGGUGCGAGGCAAGAUGGCGGCGCUGCUGCUGCCCCUGUUGCUGGCGUUGAGUACCCCUCGGCCGGCCGCGUGCACGGAAUCGGAAACUGGAGGCGGCGGUCGUUCUGUCACCCCCGAGGCCUUGCAAUGCAUCCCGGGCUGUACGUGCAGCGGGGAGCAGCUGGAUUGUAGCAAACAGGCCUGGACUCAGAUUCCCCGCCAGCUGCCUUCUUGGGUCGUCUACCUAAACCUGAGCUACAACAAACUGACAACAAUUGAUCCCUCUCUUUUCACAGAACUGCACAGUCUUCGUGAAAUACGACUUGAUCAUAAUGAGUUGACUGCAAUCCCAGAGAUAGGACCUCCUUCUGCCAGCCUUGUGCUCCUCUAUUUGCACCACAACAAGAUCCGCAGCAUUGAGGCAAAUCACUUGAGCUACUACAAGUCUCUAGAAACACUCGACCUAACCUACAAUGAAAUUACUGAAAUCCAAAAUAAUUGUUUUCCACGGCAACUCAAAAUUAAGGACCUCUAUCUGGGCAACAAUCGAAUAAGCAUGUUGGAACCUGGCACAUUUGAUAAUUUGUCAAGCACCUUACAAGUUCUUCGGCUAAGCAAAAAUCGAAUUUCACAUUUGCCUGUCAAGAUUUUCAAGUUACCACACUUGCUGCAUCUAGAGCUGAACCGAAACAGAAUACGUCUCAUCGAUGGGCUAACAUUCCAUGGAUUAGACAGUUUAGAAGUGCUUAAAUUACAGAGGAAUAAUAUCAGUAAACUCAUGGAUGGUGCCUUUUGGGGUCUUGCCAGGAUGCAAGUUUUACAUUUGGACAGUAAUAUCUUAAAUGAAGUGACAAGUGGCUGGCUUUAUGGGUUGUCCUCUCUGCAACAGCUUUUUCUGAACUACAAUACCAUCUCUCGAAUACAUCCUGAUGCCUGGGGAUUCUGCCAAAAGUUAGUGGAAUUAAACCUUUCGCACAAUAACCUGAUCAGUUUGGAUGAGGGAAGCCUAACAGGGCUAAGUGGGCUCCAGAUUCUUCGCUUAAGUCACAACAGUAUAAGUCAUAUUGCUGAUGGGGCCUUUAAAGGACUUCGAACUCUGCGAGUAUUGGAACUGGACAAUAAUGAAAUCUCCGGAAUAAUAGAAGAUACAAAUGGAGCCUUUGUUGGUUUGGAUGGUCUGAGCAAGCUAACACUAUUUGGAAACGAGAUCAAAUCUAUAGCCAAAAAAGCAUUCAUAGGACUGGAGGCCCUCGAACACCUAAAUCUGGGGAACAAUAUGAUCAGGUCUAUCCAGGAAGAAGCAUUCAUCAAAAUGAAGAAUCUGAAAGAAGUAUCAAUGAACAGUGAUAGCUUUUUAUGUGACUGCCAAUUAAAAUGGCUGCCACAGUGGCUCAUUGGAAGAGGUUUCCAAUCUAGUAUAGUUGCUACAUGUGCUCAUCCAGAAUCACUGAAAGGCCAAAGUAUCUUCAUUGUGCCUGCAGAAAGUUUUAUUUGUGAUGACUUUCCAAAGCCUCAGAUCAUAGUUCAACCAGAGACAACCAUGGCAAUGCUCGGCAAGGAUAUACGUUUCACUUGUUCUGCAGCAAGCAGUAGCAGCUUUCCGAUGAUAUUUGCCUGGAAGAAAGAUCAUGAAAUUCUUCACAAUGCUGAGAUUGAGAACUUUGCACAUGUGCGAGCAAAAGAUGGUGAAGUAAUGGAGUACACAACCAGUCUUCUUUUAAGGAAAGUGAAAUUUUCUGAUGAGGGAAGAUAUCAGUGUAUUAUAACUAACAACUUUGGCUCGACCUACUCCAAUAAAGCUAAGCUUACAGUAAAUGUGUUACCAUCAUUUGUUAAGACUCCAAGAGAUAUUACGAUUCGAACAGGAGCCAAUGCUCGUCUUGAAUGUGCUGCCACUGGUCAUCCAACCCCACAAAUUGCAUGGCAGAAGGACGGUGGCACAGACUUCCCUGCUGCUAGAGAAAGGCGAAUGCACGUGAUGCCAGAAGACGAUGUUUUCUUUAUCGUAGAUGUCAAGAUUGAAGAUAUGGGAGUUUACACUUGUACAGCUCAAAAUAUUGCUGGGGCUGUUUUGGCCAAUGCCUCACUAAUGGUGUUGGAAACCCCAUCGUUGGUUUACCCCCUUGAAGACCAAACUGCAGUGAUUGGUGAAACUAUAGCUCUGCAGUGCAUGGCAUCAGGAAGCCCAUCUCCACGGAUAACUUGGUUAAAAGGUGAUGAACCCCUUGUGGUUACAAAGAGGCAUCAUUUCACCUCUGGAAAUCAGCUGCUCAUCAUACGAAAUGUGGUAUUGGAUGAUGGGGGUAAAUAUACAUGUGAGAUGUCUAACACGUUGGGCACAGAGCGAGCUCAUAGCCACCUCAGCGUUUUACCAUCAUCAAGCUGUGUUGUGGGACAAAGCAAAAAAGAUGGAACUAUGACUGUUGGUAUUGUCAUCAUUGCUGUAGUCUGCAGUAUUGUAAUAACUUCACUGGUAUGGGUAUGCAUCAUCUAUCAGACCAGGAAGAAGAGUGAAGAAUACAGUGUUACCAAUACAGAUGAAACAGUUGUACCACCUGACGUCCCAAGUUACCUCUCUUCUCAAGGGACAUUGUCUGAGCGUCAGGAGACAUGUGUCAAGAUAGAUGAGAGUAGCAAUUUGCAAUUAGCAGCGACACUUCUUCCUAAUGGACGUAUGGAGAGCAGUGGUAUGGUGAGCAAUGGUACAUGCCCGUCUGAUGCUGGAAGCUGUGUAGAAGUGGCAUCCCAUAAUGUUCACUGCAGGCAAACAAAUUGUUUUGGUAGUAAUGUUAACGAUGGAUGUAAACAUUUAGCAGGAGGAACGCUAGGGCCAGAGCAAACAGAACAGUUUGAUUCUACCAACGUUUACUCCAAGGAACGUAAAUGGUUAAACACAAAUAAAUGUGUGGAUCAUGCAUCUGAGAAUCGUGGUACAGAGUGGAAUAGAGUAGACAAAGGCAUUUUGAAUCAUUAUUUAUGCAAUGGAACUUCCAGUGGCCUAAGGGAGAGGCAAGGACUUGUAUAUCCUAGCAAUCAUGACAGGAUGGUAUCUCAGGCACAAAAUGUAACACCUGUAAAGAUUGCUGAUACAAAAGGAUCGCCUUCCCAACCUGUACAGUUUUGUCAGGAACAUCAUAAGCCUGUACAACUUCCAUUGUUGGAGACCUCAAGUCAUCAAUCAGUACUUUUGUGUGACAAACCUCGGACUGUACUGUGCAGUGGUGCUGAAGGUGACAUCAAACAGUCUUUACUACUGAAUGGACAGUUAUCACAAUCUUCAGACAUGGUCUGAAGAACAAGUGAAUUGAAUACAAACUUAUGCCUGUGCACUGAAAACACAUUUUUGUUACUACCUCACCUUCUGUAAUGAAGAGUCAUGGCAGGACAGAGCUUGUAUGGGAACAAUCCUAUUUGAGCGUUCUUUAAUUGUUUAUAUUUUUAAGCUUCCAUAGGAAGUAUUUGUAGAUCAACAGUUGACUUGCAUUUAAAGCAUGUAAAUGCAGGGCAUAAUGUACAUAAGGGAAUGUCGUGCUUUUAUAUGUUUGUAUAUGAGUUUCCAUAUGUAUCUCUUGCAGAAGAUAUUUUAAACCUAUUUAGUGCAUGAAUAACUUUUUAGAAUUUUGAAACUAUUUCUCUUGGUUAUGUUGGUUGCUGUUCUUAAAUAUUGCAAAACCUACUGGUGCCUUAUUGCAAAGGGUCAUAACGAAAGUAAUUACUUGUAUAAACACUUACCCUUACACUGAAUAUAAUUACCAUACUGGACAUGACAUUUCUAGGGAAAUGCUUUACGUUAUUUGACAAGGGUCUUACAGCCGUUACUUAAUUAUGUUUCUCCAGUGUUAUUUCCUUUAUAGUUUGGCAUAGAAAUUAUAGAAAAGUUACUCAUUGCCAUUAAAGCUCAAGUUCAAAUUCUGUGACUGCAAAAUAGAGGACUAUGUCUUAACAGCCACAAGGACACUGGAGAAAUUGAAAUAUGUACUGUGUCCAGAUCACUUGGAAGAGAGUUCUUGUUAGUUGCUGAUUUUUGAAAAACUGUUGAACUGCAUUAUUAGCAAAAAUAACAUUUUGUGUUAACCAAAUAUUGUUUGCUGUAGUCUCUACUUGCCAAUUUUGUUCCUUAGAGAUCACAGUUAAAAAAAACUAAAUCAAUCAGUUGCUGAAAUUGGAAACAAAUGUAAAAGAACUAAGAUCUUGCAAUUAAGUUAAAAUUCUGUUGAAAUAAUGUUACCCUUCUAGUGAAUAUUCUAUGCUGAAUCUGCCUCAAACACAAUAGGUACAAUUGUGUGACUAUUAAACGUUGCCAGAAAGGACACAGCAAAGCUGCUCAAGAGGCAAACAGAGGAAAGAAGUGUUACUUCUCUGCACAAAUAUUUAUUUAUACAAUUUGAUAAAAUAUAGAAGUGUCUAACAAAGAUGUCUAAUAAAAAUCAUUUAUAAUACAAAA